AUGUACGAGUUCUCAUCUACAGAAUUUAAGUUUCCAUCAUCGGAAUUUGCUAAAUUUCCUCAAGUUAAAAAAAUUCCUAUAGAUAUUUCUAAUAUCUCUGCUCAAAAUGCUGAUGUUGACAAUUAUUGUAAUUCUUUUGCAUUCCCAAAUAUGGGAACUGUAUUAGACAAUCGUUUUAUAGUAUGGAGGUCUGAAGGAAGUAACUUAUAUAUUCAAGAAUAUUCUACUGAAAGAGAUUUACAGAAUGCUUCACUCUGUAUUAAUGUUGCGCCUUCUGUUAUCAUACCGGGAACUCAGAUAUCAUUUGCAAAAAAUUUUCUUACUUUAACAAUUCCAACGCAAUUUGCUGUUUGUACUUUAGAUUUAUCAUUAUCUGAAGAUAUGGUGGAUGAUUUGGGAUGUACAUCUGUUCUUAAUUUUUAUGACAUAUCUUCUGAGCAUGUACUAAGACGCGUAUAUAAUUUAAAAAGUCAAGAAUCGUUUGCAGUCAGAGCUUGUGUUGCCUCACCAAGUGGAUUUUCUCCUCAUGUUGUGGUUUGUCUUAAUGUAAAAAAUGAAGCUAUUGUCAUUAAGAUACCUAAAGCAGGUGUUCCUAAUGUAAAAGUUGAAGAGAUAAAUCUUAGUAGUACAGGAUUUCUAGAAUAUUUCUCAAGGACAACAGAAAAUAAAAAGGUCGUUGAUUUUCAUGCUAUAUCAACAUCUGAAGAUACCUAUUUGGUAACUUUACAUAAUGAAUCAAUGAUUAAACUUUGGUCUACUAAUAGCUGUGCCGUAAUUGAUCGUGUUAAUAUUUGUGAAUUUUUUGAAACAUCUCUUUCAAGUAUUAACAAUAUUUAUAUUAAGACAGCUACUUUAAAUAAAGAAAAGUUUGCUGUAGUAUUUGCUAGAAGUAUUUGUGAAAAAUCUUUUAUUGGUCUUUUUUCUAUCAGUGCAGAUGGUUUUGAUUUUUGUUGUCAAAGUUUUAUUACCAGUAAAUCAUUAGAUCAUCAAGAUUUUAUUGUUAUGCCUGCUGGAAAGACCUUUGAUUUAGGAGUUAAUCUAUUUAUAUUAUCACGGAAACCAAACAAUUAUAAAGUUGAUGAAAGCAUUCCGAUAAGGCAGCCUUAUAUAAUUGAAAAAUGUUGGAUAAAUACUAAAAGUCCUCGUGAAACAGCUGAGACUAUUUCUGUUAUUCCUGUUGUUAAUACUUACGAUGUGCCAUUUUUAAAAGAUAUUAUUAUGGAAGAUGACUCAUCUGAACAGACGGCUUUUUACAAAAAAAAAGCUGUUGCAAUUAAUUGUAAGAUGAAUAAAAAGGAUGUUCCUCUUGGAGAUUAUUUAUCACUUCGUUCUUUGAUCAAGUCUUAUGUUAAAUCUCCGAAAUUUAAACAAACUGCAAUGGGUACGCCAGGUCAAAAACGAAUGUUUGAUAAUUUAGUAUCUCAUAGUAUGGAUGCUGCUUUGUUAAAUUUUUGGAAAAAACUUCUUCAAACAUGUUACGAACUUCAAUAUGUUGUAAAUGAAGCAAUUGGAUUAUGGAAAGCUGAGAGUCUUGGUCUUGUUGGUGCUAUUCUUAAUAAUCAAAUAACCGUUAUUUCCGAUGGUGAUUAUGCAUUGACAAAAAUAGUUACGACUGUUUUGGAAAAAUCCGAUCUUAAAAGUAUGCCUUUUAUUCAAUUAGCAAAUAAUAUUGAAAAACAGAAAAAAGAAACACUUCAUGAUGAACUUUUACAAUCGUUAAAUCUUUUAACAUUUGAACCUUCAAAAUUAACUAGCGUUGUAUCUACAUCUACUUACAUUGGAUCUUCUUUUACUGUUGAUUUUUUAUCGUGUGUCUUAAGAAAUUUAAUUGGAGGUAGAACAUAUUUUGCAUCCCGACUUCUUGACAUAUAUAAGUCUAUUCCAAAGUGUCAAGGAAAUAAAACUGUUCAAGAGAAUGAGGCUAUUAAAAAGCAGUUAGAUCAAAUGAAGAAUCUUUAUGGUGUUCUUUUUCAAACACUAACAUUACCUUUGAGAAUUGGUGGAAAGUCACAUUCACCUAGUACUACGCUUUCUACUUCAUUUUUUAAAUAUAUUCAAAAGUACAAACCUACUCUUAUGAUGAAACCAAUGGUAUUUUCAGAACUUCAACCAUUUACAUUAUAUUUGAAUAAUGUUAUCUAUGCCACUAUUUACUCAAUGUAUCCUGUAUCAUUGAGUCCUGUUUUUUUAAAAUAUUUCAUUGCUACAGAUAAAUUUGAAUAUCUUGUCGACUUUGUUGGUAAAUGUAAUAAUCAGGCUCCAGAAUUAAAAUACUCCAAUUUACUUUGUAAUGGACUUGCUUAUGUUGCAUCUGAUGGUCUUAAAACAAAGGAUGUUGCAUUAAAUAAUCUUUUAAAUCAACUUUUACCAGGUACUGAACAUGGAGAAAAUCUUACACAUAUUGAGGCUUUAGAAUUGUUAAUUAAUUACUUUAUGUCUAAGAACCAACAUGAAAUAGCAAUUCAAUUGGGUAAAUAUGCUACUGAAGGAAUCGAAGUACCAGCAGAAAGAUUGUCAUCCGUAUAUAGCCUUCUUUUUUCUGUUUAUCUUCGUAAGGGAGAUUUUCUUUCUGCUUUAGAAUGCUUAAGAAAUAUAUCUAAUACUGAAGAUCGUUCAAAAUCUCUUCGUUUAAUAGUUGGAAUUUUGAUGGAACCUAAAAAUCGUCCCUCAUUUAUCUCACUAACAACAGGACAUAUCUGUUUGGCAAUAAUGGAAUAUCUUGAAGAACGUGCAAAUGAUUGUGAUGAUCUUAUGUUAGCUGGAGACAAUUUUCUUUUUAAUGUAGCUUUUAUGGCUAAGAGAACUAAAUAUCUUCGUGCGGCUUAUAACAUGUAUCACUAUGCAUGUAAACUUGGACAAUCUAUUGAUUCAUGGCAGCAAUUACAAAGACGAUGCAAAGCUUUGUCUGAAGCAAAACAUCUCCUUUCUUUAAGUUCAGAAGAAAAAUUUCUUAAUAUAAAAAGUGAUUUAAAUAUUGUGUAUUCUAGACAUUGUCUUAAUACUCAUAAAAUCACUGAAGAAGACAUAAUGAAACAGCUAAUGCUUUCUGAAGCAAGAUUAGCUUUAAUGGAUAUUUAUCAAACAAAUUCUUUACCACCGGAAGACAAAGAAACUUUGGAAAGAGAAUUAAUUAACUAUAAUUUAUUUGAUAUGGCUUGGUCGAUAAUUAUGUACUUUGGUACUUCUCCAAAGCGUUUUUUCAAAACAAUUACUGAACAAUGUAUAAUAGUUGAAGCAUCAGGAUCUGAUACGCCACCAGAAUGGGUCUUACAUAACAUCAAAAAUUUAAAAGAUUGUGUUGAAAUGGAAGGAAGACAUUACAUGAUUCUGAAAUGUUACUUGGAGCAACAUUUAUCAGUCAACCCUUGUGAUUCUGAAGUUUUAAGAGUAAUUUUUUAUGAAUUUCUUCGUUAUGAUUUUGUUGCACCGGAGUGGUUUAUUAAAAUUUUUAGUACAAAAAAUCUUCCUGAAUAUAUUAGGUGCUUAUUAGAAUAUAACGAAAUAGAAAAAGCUUAUGAUGCAUUGUUACCCGCAAUUGACAAAGCUAUUCAUGAUGUAGGAGUUCACAAAAAACAUAAUCCAAUAAUUCCAUUUAUCACAAUACAACAAUUUUUAUAUCUUGCUAACAAAGGUAACUUUAAUAAGUAUUCUGAUAAAAUUGAAUCAAGAGUAAUGGAAUAUUUUAAAAAGAUCAAAAAUGUUCAAAUUGCGUUAAAACUUCACUAG